AUGUCACCGCUACCCGAGGAGUUCGACAUUAUUGUGUGUGGUGGUGGGAGUUGUGGAUGCGUGGUGGCUGGAAGGUUGGCCAACCUGGACCAUAACCUCAAGGUCCUACUUAUCGAGGCCGGAGAGAACAACCUCAACAACCCAUGGGUGUUCCGACCGGCAAUCUUCCCACGGAAUAUGAAAUUGGACUCCAAGACGGCCACCUUCUAUGAGUCUAGCCCUUCAAAAUGGCUCGGAGGCCGGAGUGCCAUUGUGCCGGCCGCCCAUGUUCUUGGUGGUGGAUCCUCCAUCAACUUCAUGAUGUACACCCGAGCUUCUGCCUCUGAUUAUGAUGAUUUCCAGGCCAAAGGCUGGAAGACUGAGGAGCUCCUACCGCUCAUGAAGAAGCACGAGACCUACCAGCGUGCCUCACACAAUCGGGAUACCCAUGGAUUCGAGGGCCCCAUCAAGGUCUCCUUUGGUAACUAUGCGUACCCAAUCAAGGAUGAUUUCCUCCGAGCUGUCGAAACCCAAGGAAUCCCCAUCGUCGACGACCUGCAGGAUCUCAAAACCGGCCAUGGCGCUGAGCAGUGGCUGAAGUGGAUCAAUCGCGAUACUGGCCGCCGCAGCGACAGCGCUCAUGCGUAUAUUCAUGCCACCCGUGCUGUCCAUUCGAACCUGUAUAUUGCCUGCAACACCAAGGUUGACAAGGUGAUCAUUGAAAACGGCCGAGCUGUUGCUGUCCGGACCGUCCCGACCAAGCCGAGUGGCGAUGGUGCCGGGGCCCGCGUAUUUCGUGCUCGCAAACAGAUCGUUGUGUCUAGCGGCACCAUGUCAUCCCCUUUGAUUCUCCAGAGGUCCGGAAUCGGUGAUGCCAACAAGCUGCGCCGUGUCGGAGUCAAGCCCAUCGUCGAUCUCCCUGGUGUCGGCCUCAACUUCCAGGACCACUACCUUACCUUUUCCGUCUACCGGGCCAAGCCGGGCACGGAAACGUUUGAUGAUUUUGCACGAGGAGACCCCGAGGUGCAAAAGCGGGUCUUUGAAGAGUGGAAUCUCAAGGGGACCGGCCCCCUUGCCACCAACGGCAUCGAGGCGGGAGUCAAGAUUCGCCCAACUGCCACCGAGCUCAAGGAGUUUGAGUCCUGGCCAACCCCUGACUUCAAGGAAGGAUGGGAAUCCUACUUCAAAAACAAGCCGGACAAGCCAGUGAUGCACUAUUCGGUCAUUAGUGGAUGGUUUGGUGACCACAUGUUGAUGCCCCCCGGCAACUUUUUCACCAUGUUCCACUUCCUCGAGUACCCCUUCUCGCGGGGCCAGACACACAUCACCUCGGCGGACCCGUACGCGGUGCCUGACUUCGACGCGGGCUUCAUGAGCGACGAGCGCGACAUGGUGCCCAUGGUAUGGGGCUACAUCAAGUCGCGCGAGACAGCGCGCCGCAUGGACGCCUACGCUGGCGAGGUUCAGAACAUGCACCCCUUCUUCGCCUUCGACUCGGAAGCGCGCGCCCACGACCUCAACCUGGAAGAUACUAACCGUUACGCCCUCCCCGGCAACAUCACGGCCGGCAUCCAGCACGGCAGCUGGAGCGUGCCCGUGCCCGAGGCCGAGGACAAGCCCGCCAAGGGGAUUGUGACGAGCAACCGCAAAGAGAAGAGGAAGGAGCUCAAGUAUUCCAAGAAGGAUAUUGAGGCCGUCGAGGAGUGGGUGAAGCGCCAUGUCGAGACGACCUGGCAUUGUCUUGGUACAUGCUCCAUGGCCCCCAGAGAAGGCAACAGCAUCGUCAAGCACGGUGUCCUGGAUGAGCGCCUGAACGUGCACGGCGUCAAGGGCCUGAAAGUGGCCGACUUGAGUAUCUGCCCUGACAAUGUGGGCUGCAACACAUACUCGACUGCUCUCCUUAUCGGUGAGAAGGCCGCUGUAUUGGUUGCCGAAGACCUUGGCUACUCGGGCGAGGCGCUCGACAUGAAAGUGCCGGAUUACCAUGCCCCGGGUGAGAAUCGGCUUGCUUCGAGGUUGUAA